GUCGUUUUAACAUCUCCAUUAAUCGCCAGACAACUUGAUCAAUGUUCUAAAAAUGUAGCCUUUACCUGUACACCUACUGUCAAUUUCAAUAAACUUUUAUUCUCUUCUCGAUGUGCUAAUAUAAUUGAAACUUGUACUAUUCCUUCGGCCGGGGACUAUCAAGUUACUUGCACACUUGGACCAAAUGUUAGCGGGGAUUGCCUUGCAAAACUAGUGGAUUUUUCUUUAACUUGUCAAGGCAUUGAUAAAACCAUAUGUGGUACUUGCGAAGCCUGUGAGCUUACCAAGGAUAACAAAUCGAUUAUAUGUACUGGCUGUAAUGAUUCUACAUAA